AUGGAGCUUGGUGGCACACCACGCCGUCACCUGACCUUCAACUCCCUUGUCAAGCACCUUUUUGAAGGUAAGGGGCUAUAUUAUAAAAUAGUUCGUGGAAAGGAAUAUCCAUCUUUUCUUCUAUGGUUGGUGCCCUUCUAUACUGGAGAGAAUGGAAUAGAGGUUACUGUGAUAUUUAUACACAAAGACAAUAAUGCACCAGAGGGUAACUUCUUCUUUAAUAUAGUACUACAGCUUUCAGAGAGUACAGACAUAAUUGGGAUCGCAAUUAAGUGCUCCCAGUUGUUUGCCCCUCAUUUCGUGUGUGUAGUUGAAAAUGUUAGGAAUAAACUUACUAAGUUAACUACUCAAGACUUGUCAGUUGUGCCAUCUGUUUAUUCAUACCCGGAAGGACAUUGGAACAAUCUAAACAACCUUGCUUCUCAAUGGUUUCGAUCAAACCCCUUAUGUUGCAAGCAGCAAGCUCGGCACAAGGUUCAACAUUUUAGCAACCUAGACAUUUCAGGAUUAUCAGAUGUUUCACUAGAACCAGUAAUUGCAGUGAAUUUGCAGUGUCAAGUUUCACUGUCAGUGUACAACAAACAAAAAAGCUUGCUGCCUGAAGAUAAUGUUUUUUUGCAAGAUUCUCAACAUUUGAAAGUUGGAAUUAUCUUCGCACCCCAUGGCUCAUUAGAAGACAUGCUGUCUAUGAAUAAAAGUUCUUCAAUAGUGGAAAUGGUUGGCAAGGGGCAAAAUUGCUUGCAUACAGACAUUACCUUGGAACAACUGCAAGAUAUCAUGCUGCCAAAGGCAAUAGAUUACUUCUGCCAGAAUUUUGAUGCAACGGUCUGCCAAAUGAUUUCGAAGUCCAAGCAUGGCUCCGCACUCAUUCAGGUUGAGAAGGCACUUGUGAGCACACGGAGAACGUGUAUGAGAACACAGAGAACUUCUACAGGAGCUAGAAAAGGAAAGCUCUUUCAAGGACAGGAUCAUGAGCUUUGGAGUUUGACACAUGUAAUCUCUCACUUGCAUGACAUUUGGGGUGCACAUAUGCCCGUUCAGCUGCAAAGUUCGUUCAAGGACUGGAUUCAGAAUCAAAAGGAAAGCCAAAGCCAGUUAUAA